CAGAAAAUUAAAUACAAAUAACCUAAGAUAUAAUAUACAAAAUUUAAAUACAAUGGAGUUUUCUUUAUUAUUUGGGAGGAAGAAUAAUAAUAUAAUUAGGAUAAUGGGGUGGGUGGCGUUAGUGACGAUGGCGGUGGGGUGCAAAAUGUGGGGAGUAGAGGGACUGGGGUGCAAUUUGGGGUCGAGGGCCUCCCACCCGCUGCCGCCGGACAUAGUGGUGAAGCUGAUGAGAGACAACGGCUUCGACAAGGUGAAACUGUUCGAGGCGGAGGCUCCGAUGAUGCGGGCGCUGGGGAGGUCGGGGAUCGAGGUCAUGGUCGGGAUCCCCAACGACAUGCUCGCCGCCAUCGCCGCCAGCGUCUCCGCCGCCGAGGACUGGGUGGCGCACAACAUCUCCUCCUUCAUCUCCAACAAUGGCGUCGACAUAAGGCACGUGGCGGUGGGGAAUGAACCAUUCCUGAAGACGUACAAAGACAAGUUCGUGCAAACCACCUUCCCGGCGCUGAAGAACAUCCAGGCGGCGCUGAUCAAAGCGGGUUUGGGCCGUCAGGUGAAGGUCACCGUCCCACUCAACGCCGACGUGUACGACACGUCCACCGGCGUUCCUUCCGGCGGCCAUUUCAGGCCCGAAAUACAACCCCUCAUGCUCUCCAUCGUCAAGUUCCUCAGCGACAACGGCGGCCACAUCACCAUCAACAUCUACCCUUUCCUCAGUCUCUACGCCGACCCCCACUUCCCCGUCGAUUACGCCUUCUUCGACGGCGCGUCGAGUCCGGUGGUCGACGGAUCCACCGUCUACACCAACGUCUUGGACGCCAAUUACGACACUCUGGUUUGGGCCCUGGAGAAAUCCGGGUUCGGGUCUCUGCCCAUCAUCAUCGGGGAAGUCGGGUGGCCCACCGACGGCGAUAAGAAUGCAAAUCUGGAGUACGCCCGGAAAUUCAAUCAGGGGCUGGUGAAUCGGAUAAUCCAAGGCCGCGGCACCCCGAAGCGGCCGUCGUCUCCGCCGGACACAUAUCUGUUCGGGCUGAUCGACGAGGACGCUAAGAGCAUAGAUCCGGGGAACUUCGAGAGGCACUGGGGAUUGUUCUAUUUCGACGGCACGAUCAAGUACCCGCUAGAUUUGGGCAACAAUCGGAAUCUGACGGCGGCGAGGGGCGUCCGGUACUUGCCCCGGCAGUGGUGCGUUUUAGUGCCGGAUGCCAAUUUAGAGGACCCCGCCUUGGGCGACGUCAUCAGCUACGCCUGCGGCUUGGCCGAUUGCACGAGCCUCGGCUACGGCUCCUCCUGCGGCGGCUUGAACGCCAGGGGAAACGCUUCCUACGCGUUCAAUAUGUACUACCAGACGAUGAACCAGAGGAACGGCGCGUGCGGCGACCAGCUGCACAACUUCGGGACGGUGACGAAGAUCGACCCGUCGCCGCCGCAGCCGACGCAGGGCGGCGGCGCGUGCAGGUUCGAGGUCAUGAUUGACACCGGCGGCAAGCGAGAAAGGAGGAGGUCUCCUUUUCCCGGCACCUCUUCCGCCGGGAAGGGAAUGGUUUCUUUUGCAAAUCUUGUUGUUGUGGCCGUACAAGCGGCGGCGCUCCCACUCUUGGGGUUCAUAAUGUUUCCAUGAUUUUCAUUUCUAGUUACGGAGUACUACUAUGAUUCAUACUUUAUCGGGCCAAAAUUAAUAUUAUUGAUUAGAUAUAUAGUUGCGUGUUAAGAUAAAGGCCAACAUACAUG